AAAAAAUGCCCUGAUCUUGAGGACGCAACUUACUGUCCGAGUACAUGCUGUGAUAGAAAAAUUGUUGAAUUCCUGUGGACGUGAACUAAGACGUGCCUUAUUUUCUCUCAAACAGAUCUUCCAGGAUGACAAGGAUCUUGUACAUGAAUUUGUCAACAAUGAUGGUCUGGAUUGCCUUAUCAAAGUCGGAGCAGAAGCCGACCAGAACUACCAGAAUUACAUCCUUAGAGCCCUUGGACAGGUGAUGUUGUACGUAGAUGGCAUGAAUGGAGUCAUCAAUCACAAUGCAACAGUACAGUGGCUGUAUUCAUUGCUAGCAUCCAAGUUUCGACUAGUAGUGAAAACAGCUCUCAAGUUGCUCCUUGUGUUUGUGGAAUAUACAGAAACUAAUGCUCAACACCUCAUCAAGGCUGUCAAUGCUGUAGAUAAGAAAAGAAUGGUCAAGCCUUGGACAAACAUUAUAUCAAUAUUAGACGAGAAGGAUGGUGGUGACACGGAACUUUUAGUCUAUGCCAUGACACUUCUAAACAAGGUAUUAAAUGCUGUACCAGAUCAGGAUACAUUCUAUGAUGUAACAGAUUGUCUGGAGGAACUAGGUAUGGAGCGUAUCACUCAUAGACACAUGAACAGAAAGGGGGCUGACCUCGAUCUUCUUACACAAUUCAACUUGUAUGAGGCAUCUUUGAAGAAUGAAGAUGGCGAAGAAGAUGAAGUAGGUCAGAUGGAAAAUCUCCGUCGUACUCCAAGAAUCAAGAGUGACGGGGACAUUGCACGAAAGUCCCGUAGAUUUUCCACCGGAGUGAUGCCAAGUCGGAACUCACUGGGAAUGAGUGUCGAGGGAAAUGAACAAUCGCCUUUGAAUAAAUCUGCCCUGUUAGCUGAAGAAUAUAACAAAAGAAAACAGAAAUUAAAAGAAAGAUCGGCUAUACCACCAGAGGAACACGAGAUGAUUGAUAGAUUACCGGACAAACAGAUGCGUAUAAAACGGUUAGGGUUAGACAAGGAAGAUCCGGUGGAUGAUACCAGUAAAUACACAAAUGGCUCGGACAAAUCGCAUUCUGACGGAACUUUAUCUGAACAAAAUGAUCAAAAUGAUACACUGUCUGUCCAUGAUAUGAUGAGGAGCCGCCGUGACAGGCGGGCACGCCAGCGUGACUUUAUCAAAGCACAGGAAACUACCACUUUGUUGAGGCGGGAAGGUGACAGAAUGUCUAUCGCUAGCAAUGACUCUACAAGCACUUGCAGUAGUAAUGGCAGUGCUGCACCUGUUGCCAUGGAAACUAAUUUACAUGGCGAUAAUAAAUACUCUUCUAUGAGUUCACUUAGUGACACUGAAUCUUUGGAUAACCAGCAUCUCAAAAUGGGCCGGGAACCACCAGAUAAGAAUUACCUUCGGUCACAGAAACCGGAUGAAUCUGGGUACCAGUCAACGGACGAUCACAGUCGGUUACAGGAGGAUGGAUAUUAUAAUGAAAAUGAAUCUCAAAUGCAAAAUGGUGAUAUGCAAGGAAUUUCAAACAAUAGACGUUGGCUAAUGUACAAAAUGGCUCACAAAGAUGAUGAGUCAGGACAAAAUGCUAUAAACGAUCAAAGUAUGUCUCCAAGAGAUAAGCUUAUAAAUGAUAAUCAGACAUCACCGACAAGUGCUAAAUUAGAUGAUAGUCAUAAUAAAGUGAAAUCUGAAUUAGAACGUUUCGCAAACAAGAAACCGGAGGAUACGGGACCAAAGCGACCUUCUGGGCCGGCUGGAGAUAAAUCUGGGCUAAUUAGUCAGGCCAUGGAAAAUUUGAACAAAAAACAAGAACCUACAAAACCAUCAGAACCUGUUAUACAUAAUAAACCUGAUGUAAAACAAGCAGAAAGUGACUUACAAUGGGAAAGAUUAGCCAAACGUUUUCAUCGUUCUCUCAAAAUUAAUGAUAUGGAUUUUACAGAUUUAAAAGAUGAUGACGAUACUGAUGUGUUCGCUCCUCCUAAAGUUGACUUAGGUUCAGGUGUACCGCCUCACAAACCACCAGGUAUGGUCAGUAUACCGCCGACACAACCAGGAAUUCCUGGAGCUCCUCCCCUGCCAGGACUGGCUCCCCCUGCCCCACCCCCACCAGGUGGUAUGGCUAUACCACCACCUCCCCCGAUGGGAUUAGUAGCAUUCCAGCCAGCAAUGACAGUGGAUUUACCUCCACCACCAGGUGCCGACUUGCACAAAAAUAAAAAGACUGUGAAACUUCACUGGAAAACUGUUCAACCUGAACAUCCUCAUCCGGCAACAAAAGGGGAGACAAUUUGGAAGAAUAUUGUUAAAGUAAAAGUAGAUCCUGACAAAUUGGAGCAUUUGUUUGAGACAAGACAAGCAGAAUUAAAACAAAAGCGACAAGAAGCCGCUGGUAAAAAAGAGAUCACUGUGUUAGAUCCGAAGCGUUCAAAUGCCAUCAACAUUGGUCUUACUGUCCUACCACCUCCCAGAACAAUAAAAGCUGCGAUAUUAAAGAUGGACAACUCUAUCAUGAACAAAGAAGGCAUUGAGAAAAUUUUGAAUACAAUGAUACCAUCAGAUGAAGAGAAAACAAAGAUCUUAGAAGCCCAGCUUGCCAACGCUGAUAUCCCGCUAGGUACCGCAGAACAGUUCCUGCUUACAUUGUCUUCCAUCAGCGAGUUACAGUCUCGUCUUAAUGUGUGGCUCUUUAAACUGGAUUAUGACACCAUAGAAUCUGAAGUAGCAGAGCCCCUGAUGGACUUGAAGAAAGGUAUAGAUGAACUACAAGAUAAUAAAACAUUUAAAUACAUCCUGUCAGCCAUUCUUACCAUUGGUAACUUCCUCAAUGGAGCUCAGGUUCGUGGAUUCAGUAUAGAGUACCUGUCAAAAGUACCAGAGGUUAAAGACACUGUACAUAAACAUUCUAUCUUACAUCAUUUGUGUACUAUAAUCAUAGAGCAGUUUCCUGACAGUACAGACCUGUAUUCAGAUAUAGGGCCAAUUACACGAUGCUCAAGGGUUGACUGGGAUGUUUUGUCACAGAAGCUGGACAAAUUGGAAUCUGAUUGUAAGGCGUCAUGGGACAAUUUACGUGCAAUAAUCAAACAUGAUGGAAGCUCAAAUUCACAACUCAAAUCCAAAAUGUCUGAGUUUUUGGGAGAUGCUGCGGAAAGAAUUAUGAUUCUUCAAAUAGUUCAUAAACGUGUCUGUAACAGAUAUCACAAGUUGUUACUGUACAUGGGUUUACCAUUGUAUCAAGCGAAGGAGCUCAAAAUUAACCAAUUCUGCAAGAUAAUCAGUGAAUUUGCUCUGGAAUAUCGUACAACACGUGAAAAAGUUGUACAACAAAUGGAGAAGAAAGCCAACCAACGAGAGCGUAAAAAGACAAGAGGAAAAAUGAUUGUAGAUCUUACAUUGCCUGAUGGCAUUGACAAUAAGAUCAAGAAGAUGGGUAAAUUCAAGGGCUCAAAGGGGAAGAAUGCCAAGCCAGACGAUCAGAGCGAGGAGGCGUUACAGCGGGUUCUUGCUAACGGCUACACUAGUGCAGAUGACCGAGGGUUACCUGGACGACAAGGACGUAGAAAGAUGGGACCAGCAGACAACAAGAGAAACAGUAUAUCUCGGGGUGGGGUAACAACUGACUCGGAGAUGUACGAUACCGGGGACGAUGAAAUCCUAGAAGCUUGUGUACGUACUGCCACCACUCCAAGUACUCGUGCACCCAGGGAACGCAGAAGGUCAAGAGGUCAAAAAGACAGGAAAUCAUUGAGACGAACAUUAAAGAAUGGUCUAACACAAGAAGAGAUGAGUGCCAUUUCAAGCCAGAAAUUCUAAAACCAUUGUUGACAAUGUUCAUGUCACCCUGAUCUAUUUUACAAGGUCAUUUCAUGUCUGUAAUGCUCACAGCAACUGAUGGGCUACAACCAAGCUACACUUGGACAGUGUGAGAAUAGCUACAUUGUGAGGACUACAAGACAUUGACUGAUUUAGUGGUUUGAAUUGGAUCAGAGACUUUGGUUACCCAAGUUUUUGUAGUUUUGUUCAACAUGGCAAUAAGUUAUAAGCAACAGCUAUAUAAUUCAUAAAACCUUAACUGUUUUGUACCAUACCAUUGAAUUGUCAUGGCAUUUUGGACUAAGCUUAGCAAAUUUUGGUUUUGGAUGAAAUAUUUAUGUGCCAUUUACUGUAGAAUACUUGUAUUUAUAAAUUUUACAUUUCAUCAUUGAUAGGCCUUAUGUUAUGACAACCUUGCUCAUUAGAGUGUGAACUGCUUACAUUAUCUGUGUUAUUUUCAUUGUUAUAUGAAUUAGUGUAAUUUUGUAAUACGCGUAAUCCAAAUGCUACGAAUAGAUAUCUCACUGUGUAGCGUCAGUUUAGUUUCGUAGUAAAAUAAAUGGUUAUUCAUGUACGUGACCAACAUAUCAUGUCCUUUAUACAAGAUUUAACCGUCCAGUUUUAUAAUGACCUAUUUCUAGAUCGGCCUAAUAAAAAUUUGCAAUGAAUUUGUAGAAUUUAAAUUUUGAUCGACCUAAUUCAGUGUUAAUUAUUGUUUUUGUGUUGUAUUAGGAAAGUACAAAACAGGUAAUAGAUAGAAAUCCUUACAAGUGCAAUACUUUUGAUUUCUGAAUACUGACAAUAGCAUUUUUUUCUGUUUAAUUAACCAAUUAAGUCUGUUUCAAUUAAUUAACAAACCCUUACAUAGGAUAUUUGCUUGAAUACAAUUAUAAUAGGAUACCGGUAUGGAUAAUUGCUUAAAGAGAAUAAGAUAUGUUAUAGCUUAAACAUGGCUUAAAUCUUUUUCUGAACGUUUGCUAAUAUUCAAAAUUCAACUGUGACAUUCAUACCAUUUCAAAAACCUUCAUUUCAUAUCAAGAAAUGGAGAAAUACAUAUUUUGUAACAAUAUUUUCUAGAAAAAAAGUUGUUGGGUUAAAAAAAAUAAUUGUAAAAAAAUAUAUAUUUUUGUGAUAUUUGGUGUACAUAUUUAAGUUUGAGAUAAAGUAGAUUUUUAAGAUAUUUAUAUAUCAGAUUCUGUCUCGAUGAUGUAUUUAUAUUCUGUGGGGAUAUAUAUCACAACAUGACAUAACUUCAUAUCUAUAUACAUGUACACUGACUAUAUGACAGCAUGGUGUGAAUCAAACUAUACUAUCUUAUUAUCUAUUUAUAUUUAUUUAUUGUGAGUAUCAUCUAGACAAAAUGCUUGUAUUUUUCACUAGUUUUCAGUUGAGAAACCACCUUGGUGACAGUUGUUUAGUGAAAUCAUUAAUGGUUUAAUGUAUUAUGAUUACAAAAAUUUAUUUAAAUUUUUUUUCUCUACUUUUUUUUUCAGUUUGAAAUGUUGUUUGUUAAUAUGAUAGAAAUUUUUGUAUUCUUAAAAUGGUGGAAGUUAUUUAAGAAAAUUUGAAAGAUAUGAGUAUGAUAAGAAUUUGUUUGAUGUUGAAGGUUGUCUGAUGUAGGAUUUGAUUCAGGGAAGGGGUUCCUGGUCUCUAUGGUUACAUUAUGUUGACUUUAUUAUGUAUACAUGUAUGUUUAUGCUUGCCACGUAGAUGAACUAGAAUUCCAGUGCUUACAAAUGUUUUAUAUUAUUAUUUAUUGUUACCUUUUCUUUCAUUUUUAUGUUGUUAUUUUUUUUCCGUUUGUUUAAUUGAUACCUUUUUAAGGUAUGCAAUAAACUCAUUUUUAUAUUUCAUUUGUUGUAAUGGGUUAUUUGUACCGGAAUUAAAUUCUGUUCUUUUUUGUCCUAUAAGUUAUGCCAUUUUUGAGAUGUAAAAGACACUAUGUAGCAGGAUGAAAUAAGUAUUAUAUUAUAAUAAACAGUGUUUUGCAAUAAUCUGUAGUUUUGAAUAAAUCUGUUCUUGAUUAAAAAAGAGAAUCCAUUAUUCACAUAUGGGCAGUUUUGAUAACUUUUUGAGACUCAUUCUUGACCUUAUAACCUUGAACUUGUAACCUUGACCUUUGACCUUGAUCUUUGGUUGAAAUCAUCAGUAUAAUGUGUAUACCUAGUCAAAUAUCAGUGUGUAUUGUUCAGCAUUCAGACUUUACACAUUUUAUAUGUCAUGUUACUGUGUUUGUGUAAUCCUAAUAUAAAACGGCAUAUUAGGUUUUUACUGUGUACUGUGUCUCAUCAUGUACUUUGCAUGCAUUUGUAAUCCACUCAGAAAAUAAAACGUGUAUACUCAUAGUUAUUGAACAUAAGUCAUUUGAUGAUGUCUUAAUGUAUGUGCAUUUCUUAUUCUAUUUUGUGGUUAGGUAUUCAUUCAUUAAUGAAUUAUAUUUCUUAAUAUUGCUUUGAACAAAAUCUUGUUUAAUCGGCAUUUAAAAAUACCACAGUGUUUUAUAAAAGUGUGAAUAUAUUUAUUCUAGUUUAGAAUUCAAUACCGAUUUCAAUGCUAGGUAACAAGGAGAGGUUCCAAGUAUAAAAUAAACUAGUUCAUCUUUUGAUGUUCAUGCAGUAAUUUUUCUCACUUUUGAAACAUUUGAGGUAUAUAUUGUAUUACAGGAAAACUACAUGUUUUAAAUCUAAGUCUCAAAUUGUUAAAAUUAAACUUUUUUGUAAGGAUAGCCUUCUGUAAUAUUAUCAAGGCCAGGUAGAUAAUUUGUUAUCCAUGACACCAGAUUACUAGCAUAUUUUAUUCACAUUGACUUCAAUAUAUAACUAUAUAUAUCAUGAUUUUUUUUUUACCUACUUUUCUCAGAAUUCUCUAGAUUUCUUUUAACUUAUUUCAUUUGUAUUUUAAACUUAUAGAAACUUAAAUAUGUAUUAUAUGAUUAACUGACGGUGAAGUUUAAUUUUCUUUUCUUAUUUUUAUUACUUGUGUAUAGAGAUUUGUCAAGUCUUUCAAUGUGUUGUUUUAGUAUCAGGCUUUAGUGAUCAUUGUAAAAAAAUGAUCACUGAACAGCAAACAGUUAUGAUCACAAAUGAAUAGUGAUCACUGAUCAGUAAUGAUUACAAAAGAAAAUGAUCACUGUAUGGUAAUGAUCACACAAUGAAUAGUGAUCACUGAUCAGUAUUUGUUACAAAAGAAUAGUGAUCACAGAAUGGUAAUGAUCACACAAUGAAUAGUGAUCACUUAUUGUAUAGUGAUCACUGUCACACAUAAAUGAUAGUAAUAAAUAUUCAGGGAUAACUAGCAGAAGCAAUUAUUAAGUUUCUAUUCACAAAAAAAUAGUGAUCAUGAUCAGCUGCAACCAGUAAAUGAUCACUGAUCACUAUACAAGUGAUCAUAUACUGGAUAGCUAUAGUGUAAUUAAUACAGGACAGCCUGAUAAUUCAUGCUUCCAUUUGCCUUAUUUUUUGUUUCUAGAUCGAGUCUAGAUGUAGUUGACUAUAUGUGAGAGAAUUUCACAAAAAUAACAUUAAUGGAUGUGUUGCUGGUUUAAAAAUAUAUAAAUAAAAAACAUCUUUUAUAAAAAAAACAACACUAUUUACAAUACCAAAGUAAAAAAACAUGCACUGCUGUCAGGCCACUGGCUAUGAAGAGAUGAUUCCAACAUGAACUAACGCACUUGUGCCUUUGUUUAUUAUUGGUGAGGAUUUAUCAAACAGGAGCGGUUUGUUAUUGGGAAGGAUUUUAUUUGAACAUUUAUCAUAAAGCAAUAGAUUUGAUUUUGGACAAAAAGCUGUGUUAUUUGUGUGGAAAUCUGUCACAGAUUGUCUGUAGAUGUGAUAUAAAGAUGUAGAUGUAAUCAAUUUUGUUGUUUAUUUAAAUGUGUCCACCUGCCAUACAAAUGUAUGCAUCGUUUUUGAUAUGAUUUCAAUUAAAGAUUUAUUUCAUGUAA